CCUCCUGUCAGGCUCCCGAGCGGCGGCCGCGCAGCGCCUGGGGCUGUUCCGGCGCUGCCCGGGCUGAGGGGCGGGUCCCGGGGUUCCAGCCACGCCCUGGGGCGGGCCCCGCAGGCUGAGCUGUUCCGCCCCCGCGCCCUAAUCCCUGCGCCUCUCUGAGACGGGGAUAGAGGUGUCCUCAGUGCCUGGGGCUUCCCUCAGGCAGUGGCGCCUCGUGGGAGGUGAGCGGUCCUUGGUUCCGCCCCCCCUCCUUCUCCCCAGCCGCCCACCGGAGCCCGCUUUUGAGUGAGGGGAUGGGCUCCGUUGCCGGCCUGAGGGGAGCGGCUGGGUGGCUGCCCCGCACCCGGUGUGCGCAGGGAAAGGUGAGGCCGCCCUGAAAGGUCCGGGAGCCUCUCACUGGAGAGCGGCAAAUGCUUAAGAAAGAAAAACAACUAACCAAACAAACGCUAUAGGGCAGAUCUGAAGCAUGCUGGCCCUCUCAUAGAAAUCCAGUGUGGUCAUCAUCGCUUUGAGGACUUCAAUAUAUGCUUGCAGUGUAUGGAUAAGAAAAAGUGCUCACAUAACCUCAGGGCCUCUUCUGCUGCUCACACCACCCCACUAGUGAGUGGGCUGAGGAUGCACAAGAAGUUGGGAGGGGACACAGCUGGAACAGCUGACACCAGCUGACUAAAGGAUUUGUCAUAGCUAAUAUAGCUGUGUAUUUUUAUCUCAGUGUGGGAAGAGUUGAAAGACAUCCUCAGAAGGCAUACUCAGGACUUAACCCUGCAAGUACCGUAAGUCUGUAGAUGCAUGAGGGUCUGCUUUUAUCUAUGCUCAGAAGUGUCGAGCUUCUCAGAUGAUGCAGAUGCUGGAUUUGUGACCUGUGCUGGGAGGUGUCUCUGCUUCCUGGUCAGAAUGUGAGUAGGUCCUGCCAUCAACACAGUUUUUGCCUUGCCUACUUUAGGGCAGGCUGCCUGCAUCUACACUGUGCAGUAUUUGAAGGGAUCCUGUAGUGUUUCCACAGCCUUUUUUACACACACAGCACAAAUAUCACCCUUCUGCUGUGCUCACAUCCUGUGAUUAUGCCUGUUCUUACUGUGUACCUUAAGAUGAAUAAAGUUUGGUUUUGAGCAUUGCUGCCCUACCACAUCUCUUCUGGGAGCCGGGGUGGCCUGGCCGUCAAGGUUCCCCGUUCUUCAAGGACUGUGGUAGCCUUGUGUCCUCUGCCACACUGACUUCUCAGCACCUUGAAGCCUGUCUUUGCAUGUGAGACAUCUGAACAAUUUUGAAAGGUUCUUUAUUAAUGAAUACCCUUUUUAAUUUGUCUGAAAUAAAGGGAGAAAUGCAUGUUGCAUACCACUGUAGCAUGUUGCCAGAGAGGUGCGUUACAGCAGCAUGCCAGGCUUGCUAGGAUGAGGUUGGAGGAUUGGACCAAGUGAAGGCAGACUUUGUACUCAAACCAUUUCCUAGAGCUAUCUAGCUGCUGAAUGGCUUCUAGGUUUUGUCUGGGAAGAAGCCUUGUUAUUUUGCUUCAAAGGGCAUUCCAGGAAUAAUCAAGCAUGUGCACAGAGGGAAUGCUAAUGAAUAGGACUUUGGAGCAAAACGGGUGAUGAUUCAAACUGAUAAUAUAGGUGCACUCAAAUUCUUCUUACAUAGUACAUUGGGAGCCUUAGUCUGUAAUUCAGCUGUAAUUCACCAGAACUCCCAUCGUUCUAGAUUCAGUUUUUCAACAUAAGGCUUAUAAGAAUUUGUCAACUUCAGCAAACCGGAUUUUUUUCGCUUAGUCAUAUUUUAGAGAAUGUCAGUUCCAUUUUUAUUGAAGGUUUUAAGAAAAACAGAUACCUUCAAUGAAUUUAGACUUAACAAUUAAACACUGGCAAAGUUUAUAAGCAUUUCGAACUAGAACCUUAUAAUAUGAAGUGUUAGGCAAACUUAACUACAGAUUUCCAUCUGUAUUUAUAUCAUGGUGUGUACUGACUGUCUGUUAUGCCUGUACAGACUGUCCCAAAGUUAACUUUGUCUGCAUCUUAUGUGCAGUAUUUAUUUUAAAAACUCUGCAUAAGUGUGAGUUGUAUUUACAUUCCUAUCAUAAUUUCUUGAGCACGUUAGGAUUUCUUUUGAAGACCAGGCAGGUGAAUAAAAGUACUGAGAUAGGGAGACAACUGCUAAGAAGUCAAAAAAAGGCCUCUGACACAGGUUUUUUGCUGGCAUGCUUUCCACAGAAACAUCACACAUAAUACCUGAUGCAUUCAUUCCCUUUGCAAGGAAGUUCAGAGUAUUUUUAACUUUAUACUCUUUUUUGCUGUCCACAGUUUUUUCCUGUCUAUGAAAGUGGCAUUUAUUGGUGUGAGCAGAGCUGAUUAAUCACAGCUGUUCUUACAGUUUUUAAUUUCCACAGAACAGCUCAAGACUCCAGCAUGUGGUUGUCUCUGCUUUUGUUGCUAUUUUACAUGUUUCUUUCCAACUUUAUUAGAAGACUCUCUGUUCAUAUGUUUCUUGGCUGUUUAGAGAAGUGUUCCAUAUAUACAUUGAUUGAAGAAUCAAUUGCGAGAGUUGUUUUUCCCUUCCUUUCACAGGGGCUGCCAAGAUAGGCAAAGGGCUGCCCAUAAAACGAUCUUGUGCUUUUUAAUUUAUAGAAUUUAUGCCCAGAUUACUACUUUAUCUUUGUUUCGGAGAAAGAUUUAGCAGACAUUUGAACUAAAAUUAACUGGUUUUCAAUACAAAUUGAAAUAGAAAUUCCCUGUUAUUAUCAUAUAAAAGCAGCAGAUUGGUAGCUGCCUGUCCGUAAUUCCCAUGGCACUUUAAAUAUAAAGCUUCUUUCAUAUAUGUAAAGAGGAUAAUGGUAAUAAGGUAAAUCAAGUAUGUAAAUAAAUAAGAUAUGUAAGAUAUAUAAAUGAAUAUAUAUUUACAUGUGUUUACAUAGAAAUCCUACUCCUCACCCUGAGUUAAUUGGAUUUUUGCAAUUUACUUUACUAAGUUGUAGUAGAAUUUUCGUUCUGCUAAAUAUAUUAAGGCCUUUUAAUAUGUAUCUAAAAUGUUAGAAAUUAGAUGAACUAAUAGCUAAUCUUUGAAGAUUUUUUUUUUUAAUCUGCUUGUAUUAUGGAACCAACCAGAGGUUUUAAUUCAAGACUGAAGUAUUUUGGCACCGUAUAUGAAAUGCUGGAAGAAAAAUGACUAAAACUUGAAGUCAGACUCUGGCAUGCUUUGAUACCAUAUGCCUGCACUAUUGAGAGACUGGAGCAGAGUAUCUGGAGAAAGAUGAGAGAGUGUGGGUGGCAAUAGAAAAAACAACCACGACUUAGAUAAUUUAUGGAAUUAUUUCAGCUGAGUGAACCAAGUGAAGACAUCUCAUGGGAACAGGAGACGUCUUGCAGGUCAGUUCUGGGGAAUGGUUCCAUGUGUUGUAAAUUCUUUUCUAGCUUUUGCUUACCACACCUUUGUUCUAAUUAGGUAAACAGAACCAUUGACUUAGCUUGAUGUCAUGAUAGAUUAAUUAGUUUCAAAGAUAUGUCAGUCAGGUAAACGUUAACUAAAAAAACUAUAGAUCUGCAUAAACAUAAAAAAACUAGAGCUCAGCAUAAUUACUCCAGUGAUAAGCGUUCUAGGGAAGGAAAUAAAAGGGAAAAAAAAUGAAAUAGAAGAAAAAAGACAACCGAGUUCCAUCUAAUACUUUCUAUUUGCCCAGAACUGUUAGUUAUUCACUGACAAAUGUGCAAUGGAUGUGUUCCACUUAGAAGAAAUAGAAAUUAACUUUGUAAUUUGCUUAAAUUUUUGUAUAAUUAUCACUUUUUGAAAUAAAUAUUUCAUUUUAUAAAAUGCACAAUUCCCUGCCUCUCCCUUUCCAGUGUUCCAAAACCAUUUUGGACUAAUUUUGAUCUCUGUUUGCAAUUGUAUGCAUGUGUCUGUGUGUUAGUAGCACAGUAUGUUCUCUAUGUCCAUGUGCUGCAAAUCCGGUUGACAGCAGCCUUGCGUCCUAUUCUGUCCUUGUUGUUCUUCAUCACAAAUGGUAAGUGAUCAAAUAACUAAAAUUUUUGUUUUCUUGUACUGAAUUGUGCAACUUCCAGAAUUUCUUCAGGAUGGUCCAUGAAGGGGAGUCUCUUCCCUUUUAAAAAGUCAUGACAUAAACCUUUCAAUUUCGUGUAUAACUUAAUAAAAUGUAGUGUUUCAUAAACGUGUUAAAGUUUAUCCUUAGGUUAUGUAAUGAUUUUUAUUCUUAGAAAUUAUUUCCACUAUCAGAUCUUUGGUACUAACUAUGUCUUUGGCAUAAUUAUGCUUCUGAAGUUCUAUGAGCUCUGAAAAAACCCUGAAAGAUGUUUCAACACAAAGUUUUUCAAGUUUUUGGUGCUUGAAGUGAGGUUCUGUGCUGGGAGACCUCAUUUAAAUUCCACAGUGUGGCACAUAAUUUGAGGAAUUGUGCCUGAUAACCUGGAGUGAUUGAAUAAGUAUACUGAGCUUUGGCUACUGCAAGAGAUGUACAUCCUGACUGACUCUUCAGGCAAGAAAAGCAAGACUCAAGAAGGAAACAGAAAUAUGAACCUACAAAUCACGCCUGGAGUGCUUUGGAAUAGAUGUGAAAGUCCAGACAAAUGCAGACCACUCAAGCACAAGUCACUUUGUAAGCCUGAGAAGGUGAGACGGAGAAGAUGGACAGAAGUUUUACCAUGGUGCUUACUGUAAUUGCUAGGGGUUUCAGUAAAAUUUAAAUCUGUUUAUUGUUCAUUAUAGUGCCCAUUACUGUAUAAUGGAUAAUGGGAUCCCCUUCUGCCAGGGCCCCUGUGCCAAUGAAUCCUUGAAUGUCUCCAGUAAGGACUGAAGCUCUUGGAUGUCGUCUGGAUCAGACAUGCAGGGAUCACGUCUGUGUCAGGAUAACUCUGGGCACUGGGGCAUUGAUGUGUGGGAUGUUAAACUGCCUUACCUCAUCUGGCCGUGUCCUAAAGGUCCUUUUGAGAUGGAGGAUAUUUAUUACUUGAAAGGAAAUGGAAACAAAUGCUUCCAUGAGCAAAGUCAAGAAGGAGCUAUUAACUUGGAAAAGAGAAAGGAAAUAUCAGAUAGGCCUGAUCUUCUGUGUUUGAUGGAUGCAGAAACUCCGUGGACCAGACUGAGGGAUUCUUACUUCUGUGAGCGUAAACAUCAUACCCUCAGAAGAAUUCUUAUACAAAACAUAUUAGCUGAAGGAUUUUAACCUUGUUCUGUAAUGUGUUUUCACACAAGAAGUACUGAAUACUGCUUACUGUUCUACUUAAGAUGUUUUUGGCCAUUGAUUGUUAGUGCAUUUACCACUGUAAAACACUUCUAAAAUCUCUGAAGAAGCAGGUGGAAGACCGAGAAGAUGAGAAAUACUUGGAGUAGUCAAUUAAGCGGAGGUCAUAAAUGAUCCCCUUUCCAAGAGGCAUCAUCAAGAAUUUGUCUGAAAAGAGAAAUUCGCAAAGAAGGAAGCAGAUGUCAAAUUCCUUCUGGCAGCUGGAUGCUUAAAAAUAUUUAAAAUGAAAAGCUACCUGAUCUAAAGCACAAGACACUGAGAGGAUGUGCCUUAACAAGUGAAAGAGAGCACGUACCGGUGGGGUUUACAAUUCUUGCACUGUAGGGAGGGUGCAGAACGGUGAGGAAAUAUGCUGACAUGGCUAAAUUCUGGCAGGAUUUAGGACACUGGCACUGGCAGUGAGGAGGAACUUGAAAAUGAUUUUUGAGCUCUGUAUUCAAACAGCUGCCUGUCUUCCGCAGCAAGCUGUAGAAAAAGAGAGGUUUUGAACCAUUAGGAAAGCAAAGGAAGUGCAAUAGCCCAGAUUUUGAUCAUAAUUACACCCAGGUGGUUCUGAAGUGACUACAUCCGUGUCCUUGAAGUUACACCAGUGCAAAACUUGUGUGAGAACUGAAUCAAGCCCUUUGUUUUCUUGCAUUUGUGUCCCAAAAGAGCACUCUAACAGCUCUUAGUAAAUAAUAAAUUAAUAAUGAUAUGAUGAUCUCCCUUAUGACUGGAAGAAGUACAGAAAAAUUAAUGUCAGAAUAAGAAUUUGCUUGCAAGAUUCUUAGAACGUGCCAUUUCUACAUUUGUAUUGGAUAUAUGAUGCUCUUCUGGAAUGAUUUUAAUUUCUGGACUGAUUUUAAUUUUUAUUUCAAACAUGAGAAAUAUCAAAUUUAGUCACUUAGUAUGUGGUGAACAAUACAAAACCUACAGCAUAUAGCCUAUAGGUCAAAUGAGUGAGACCUGUUGUCUUUUCAUCAUAAAACACCUUUUAAUCCCCAGCAGAAAGUAGGAAUGAACACAACUAGUGAAAGCAAGUGCUUUUGCUGUCUCCGUACUGUAAAGCAAAUAAUAUUUUAGUAGAUGGUUUUGUUUGUGUUUCCCCAUUUGUGCCUCCGAAUACACCAGAUUGCAAUGUUACAUCACAUUUUUAAUGACUAGAACCAUGUCCUGAGAUCCCCCUCUGACCACACCACAACUUCCUUCUUUCUUUUCCCCUCCUGGCUACAGGACUGUAUGUAAUUAUGCUGAGGACAUAAUCCAAUUAAUUAUUGACAGAACACGUAAUCACCACUCAGAUCUCUCUCUGAUAUAUCCCUUUGCUGCUCUCUGACUUUUGUUUGUCGUGCACUAGGGAGGUGGAAAGGCAGUAAAAUGAGUUUUAAAGGUAGGACGUUUCUCAGUAUUCUGUAUCAGCCAGAGAGGCUUUUGACACCCUGGGCUCUUUAGAUGUGAAGCUAUUGUUCUCGUCUGUGCUAAACAAGUGUCCUCGAGAAAGCUCAGUAGGAUGGAGGCUUAUGGUUCAUUUUAAGUGAAGGAUAUAAUAGGAGCAGAUAACUUUGAUUUGUGCAAAGGAAAAGUGUGAUGUCUUUCAGGGAUUCCUGGUUUUCACGGCAAAUUUUUCUUCUGCUGCUGAUUAAAGGGAAAAUGAUAAAUAAGAGCUCUUUGUUCGGUUUAAAGGAGAAAUGUAGCUUUAGAAAGCCGUCUUAUUUAGUAAAAAAAAAAAUCCUGACCUCCAAUAGCCUUUGACUAAAAUCUGCUAGUAGCAGAAACUAAAGAUGAGGCUGUUUCUGUAACUAUUAGAAGCCAAGUAAGGACAGUAAUAAUUUCUGUCCCUUUGACCGGAAAAUGUCCUGGGGGCCGGGGGGGGGUGGGGAAGUGCCCGGGGGUUGCCCGUAAUUUAGGAUUACAAGCAAAGCAUGCCAAGAGCGGAUAGGAAAAAGAGAUAAUGAGGUGAGAAAGCAAAGAAGGGCUUUAUUGUAAAGUAAAGAAAACUAAGCUGUGGAGUGAAAAAAAAAUAAUAAAAAUAAAAGUUAUGGCGUAGAUGGAGCCGGCCCUUGCAGCCCGAGCGACCUCGGCUGACCUAGUGCCGGCUUCGAGGGUGGGCGCGGAACCGUACGGCCCCUGACCCCCACCGGGGGCCUGGUGGGUGCUGGUGCCCCGGGCAUCAGCUCCGGUCUUCGCACGGCUCUGGGAGCCGAGCUGAGCGCUACCCAGUGACCCGGCUCUGCCUGGGGCUUCUCCACCGCCUGCGCUCGGUGGGGCCCGGGCUAGCACCGGCGGCUGCGGGCAGCGGGGGGCACCGGGGGCACUCAACGCCCUGCCCCUGGGGCGGUGUGAGACGGUCCUUCACGGCGGCCUUCUGAGUGGGUUUGCAAGAGCUCCGCUACCUUUAGUUUUCACGGCGCGACACGCGUGGGGCUGGGAGAGGCACUGCGGGGAGCGGGGACACGGCGGCGCCGAGAGCCGGGUCUGACAGAAGUGCAGCACCUUCUCCUGGUCCCUGGAGCCCGGUGUGGGCGCUUGUCCCAUCUUCUCUCCCCUCCUUCUGGAUGUGCCAGCGUGGCUUCGGUUCCUUCCUUGCCGGGAACAACGUUCAAAGGGAGCGGGGCGUCGCCGCCCCUAGGCACACGGCAGCCAGGUUUGCUGCUGCUGGGCAGUUUGGGACCGCGGAGGAGCGCGGUGCGUUCCGCGUGGGGUCGUGGGGAGGGAGCCGAGGCCGCUGCUCCCGUUUGCCGGGCGAAAGGCACGGACGGUGGGUGGAAGUGGCUUAGGCACUGACACCUUUGCCUCUCAGCAGCCUGCGGCGCCCGCAGCCGCGCCUGGGCGGGCGGUGCCCGCGGCGGGAGGAGCGGGGUGAUGUCCCGCCGCAGCCUGCCCUGCCGGGGCUGCCGCAGAGGUUCUCCGGGGCUUCGUCGAGGGCGAUGAGUUUAAUGACCAACAUUCAGUCGGGAGAAGCAAGCUCACCUCAGGCUCUAGACCCACCGCCCCAGCAUCACCGGAGGUGCCCGAGCCGGGCGGAGCCGGUGCAGCCCCGAGCCCGGUGCGGCGGGAAGCCGGCGGGGCGCCCGCUCAAGGGGGACGGUGGAAAGGCGAAGUGCUGAGGGGUUUUAGGGGCCGGCGGAGCGAGCUGCGCGGCCAGACGGAUCGGGAAGCCCCAGGCGGGCACCUGAGCCGGAUCUUUUGACACCUCAGCUAAAGCUGCCCGAUUUCCAGGGGCGCCGCGCUCCCGCCGAGGACGGGGCGCCGGGGACCUGGGAGCAGAGUCGGAGUCACUGGUUUAACUGUGAGAUACCGCACGGUGCUGCUUUCCUUGGGAGGCAGCGGUGGGAGCGGUUACACGGGCUGAUACAAACCGUGAAUGCUGAGGAGCAGGAACGCUGCGGCGUCAGACGAACACUGUCACAGACAAGACAGGGGCUGUAACGCCCUUCCAAACAGCUUUCCGCAGGUUUAGCUUAUAGUAAUGCGGGCGCGACUUGGCGUCCCCAGCUUGCCUUCUCCUCGGGCGGUGCACCCCUUUCCAAAACUUCGUGAGGGACCGAACAGCCCGGACGCCUUGUCCUGCUGCGAUCAAGGACGAGGAGGCGUUCAGAGGCACAACGGGAGGUGCUUAGGACCCGCUGUUUCUGGGCGGCUUUGCACAGCUCCUGCGGAGGCUGCAGGAUGCUCCCCACGCUGGGCUUCACCUGUCGGGCUCUGCGGGAGCGAGUUCUGGCACCCCUCACCCUUUGAAAGGCAGCUGCCGACCCCCGGGGCGAGGGGGUGUGGUUGGUGUGAGCCUCGCACCGUCGGGCUGGGCGCUCCCCUCCUGCCCGAGCCCCGCAUCCGCCGUCUCUCGGCGGGGCUGGCCCCGCCUCGCCGCAGGUGCAGGUCGCGCUGUCCCCGGCCGGGCUCCGUCACCGCCUGCGCGACGGGGCGUCCUCGGCGGGGCAGGUCUCCCGGCCAGGACGGCUUUCCCCCGCCUGUUUUUUUGGCCGGGAUUCACUUGCCUACUCGGCGCCGGCGAGCCCUGCACCUUCGCUGUCCCAGGGCUCGACCCCGGGGGCGGCUCCCCGGGAUCAGAGAGGGAGCGAACAGCCCUCCGGGCCGGCCUCUAGGGCCACCGCGGUGCUCUCUGCCCGGGGAGACCCGGAGGUCUGGAUUUUCCCCUGGGGACGUACAGUACCCACCCUUUCCCUUCGGGUCGCGGGCGGGGCGCGCUCCUGCCGCCGCCGAGCGAAAGCCCGUCGCCGCCCCCGAACCCCCAGCAGCCCAUCCUCUCCCGCCUGCCGCUUCGCCUUCCCCUCCUCGGCUGCGGGGAGGAUAUUGCGAGGUAGGCAAAAGGGAAAGUGAGUGUAGCGGUCUGAAGACAGAGAGAGAGACAAUCAAGGUUAGACGUGUAUUUACUCAACCUUUAUUAUUUAAAAAAAUUCAUAAAAAAAAAAAAAGGUGA